AUUUUUAUUAAAAUAUUAUAAUUUGAAAUAUAUAGAGUUAAAAUAGUUAAAUUAUUUUCCGAAUACCACUGCAACCAUUUAACUUUAAUAUGUUCUAUGUUUUACAUUUGUAGGCGAAGUAAAUUUUCUUUUAUAAAAAAUUAUUAACGCUUAAAUUUUCAUCGUAUAAAUACCUUAAGAGUAAUAUAUAGAGAAAAUGACAAAAAUAGCCAUUUACACUAAUUACAUUACAAAAAUAGCCAAAAAAAUCGAAAUUGCAAAAAUAGCCCUCAAUUUCGCAGAUGGAAAUGCCCCAUCUGCGAAAUCACCAUUCCAUCUGCGAAUGUACAAGCAGCUAAAGCACAGCUGUGCUUUAGCUGCUUCUACAUUCGUAGAUGGUUUUAUUUUUUUAUUUUUUAAUUUUUUUUCUCUAUAUAUAGGGUAAAAUCGUAGAUGGAAAUGCCCCAUCUGCGAUUUACUCUCAUCCCAUCUGCGAAAUUGUGAAUUUUUUUUAGUUUGACUAUGAAAUCAAUUGGUUUGACUACGAAAUCAUGUUGCUAUAUAAAAAGUUUUGUAGAAAAUUAUCAUUUUGGUAACAAUUUGUUUAGGAACUUUCUCUAAAAUUUGCUCUAAAAAAUGAUUGAAUAUUUGGUUUGUCUUGUAACCGGUGGGAGAUGGCAAGUUAAUGGAACUAAUAUGGAAUACGUAUGUCCACAGGGAGGUAUUUCUGAAUUUGCUUUGAUAUUUUCUGAAUAUAUUAGUUAUAGUGAUUUUGUAUCUUUGGUAAGAAGCAAAAUUGGUUUGUUAGACAAAUAUAGAAUUGGUCUUCGUUUCCACCAUCCUGAAUUAAAUUACUAUAUAGCUAUAGUUGAAGACAUGGAUGUUAGAAUGUUGAUAAACGUAAUCAAAUGUAGUGGAGGAAGGGCUGUGAAAGUGUUUGUGGUGGUUGAUGAAGUUGAGGAGGUUAAUGGGGGUGGUGAAAUUGGAAACCAGCUUGUUGGUAAUUUAUGCAGUUAUAAAGGGAGCAACGAUCCGAUAGGUACUUUCAAUACUUCUAGUGUACCUCAGUUUCAUAGUGUUGCUGAAAAUGUUAAUGUUAGUUAUUCACCUAUUCACUAUGUGGAUCCUGAGAAUUACAAGCAUGUUGGUGAUGAUGAUGUUGGUACUUAUCUUAAUGAUGUGGGUGGUCGUUGUGAUGAUGUUGCCGAACAAGAAGUUAAAGUUAUGAAUAGGCGUGUGGUAGAUAAAACUAAAAAAAAAAUUCAAGUCAAAAAAAUGAAAAAAAUCAUGUUUACGGGCAUUAUGUUGAUGUUGGUGAUGUACGUUUAGAUAUAACCGAGCUACAAAGCAAUUCCGAUAGAGAUGAGUUGGGUGAUGAAGUUAAAGCUAAGUUUCCCGAUAACCUUUUUUACGGUAUGCCCCCUGUACUAGAAUGCCCACUUGAUCUUAAUGAAGAUAUCCCAACACAGAUGGUAGACAUGAAUCUUCAAAAGAUUCAAUGUGAGAGUAUAUUUAAGAAUAAAGAACUUUUAAAACGGUGUUUGGUAAAAAAUGUCUUCGAGAAGGUUUCCAGACGAGGACAAGUAGAUCCACCAAAUCAAGGUAUGAAGCUGUGUGCGUUUCGAAAAAUUGUUUUUGGUUACUAAGAACAAAAGCAAUUAAAAAUUCUGAUAGACUUUUUCAAGUGAAUAAAUUUGUUGAUGUACACACAUGUUCUUCAACAUUUUUCCAACCUAAUCAUCGACAAGCAAAACAAAUAUGUUUUGGGUGAAUAUGUUGCUGAUGUUUUGGCUGAAGACUAUAGUAGAGUUUAUCGGGGAAAAGAUAUUGUUAAUGAUAUGAAUGCUCAAUUGAAUAUCAAUAUCUCAUACCAUUAUGCAUGGCCUGCGAAGCAAUAUGCAUUGUUGUCGUUAAGAGGUACGAAAGAGGAUUUUUUUACCAAACUUCCGACGUAUUGUCACAACUUGGCCAAACAUAAUCCGGGUACUGUCACACAUAUUAAAACAAAUGCUGAUGAUCGCUUUGAGUUUUUGUACGCCGCACUCGGUUGCUCGGUACGUGCUUUUGUCAAUUUUUGUAAACCGACCCUAGUAGUAGAUGGAGCUCACCUAAAGGGCGAGUUCAAAGGUACCAUGUUACUUGCAGUUACUAAGGACGGACAGAACCAAAUAUUACCGGUUACAUAUGGUAUAUGCAAAAAUAAGUGUACCGAUUCUUGGACAUGGGUUUUUCAAAAACUACGUGAUUGCAUAGGAAAUAUGCAGGAGCUUACAAUUAUAUCUGAUAGGUCUCCAUCUAUAGCAACAUCCGUUGCCAACAUUUUUCCUCACGCUCAUCAUGGAAUAUGUGGUGUCCAUUUGUAUUUCAACAUAGUAUCUAGAUUCGGCAAGAGUAAGACGGUUAAAGGAAUUUUUUGGGAGGCGUGUAGGGCGUACACAAUUGAUGCUUUUGAUGCUGCCAUGGAUGUUAUGAAAAAGACAAAAGAACCAGUAUGGGAGUACUUAAAAAGUAUAAAUCCAGAAACCUGGUCAAGGGCACAUUUUAAAGGGAACCGAUAUAAUCUUAUGUCGUCCAACAGUGCGGAGUCUAUAAAUGCAUUAUCUAGACACGCACGUAAGGUGCCAAUACUUAUGUUGAUUGAUUUUUUUCGUGCUACAAUGCAACAAUGGUGGUUUCAAAGACGUAACUUUGUAGCGGAAGCAACAACAACACUUACCCCUUGGGCGGAUGAAGUUGUAAAAGAAAACAAGAAUUUUUUUACCACAUGGGAUUUCGCAUGAUCUCAAAUACGAAAUGCGAGGUCAAAAAGGGGGCACAAAAUGUGAUUGUUAAUUUUCAACAUAUGACAUGUACAUGUAGGCAUUGGCAACUUGAUGGGAUACCUUGUGGUCAUGUCAUAAGAUGUUUAAUAGUGAACAAUUACCAAGACUGCUCGAGGUUUGCAUUAAAUGCUUACUUUACCGAAACACUGAGGAAAACAUAUGAGGAAUCAAUAAACCCUCUGCCGAAGCCAUCCGAAUGGGAGAUCCCCGAUGAUUUGAUGAUUGUUAAGCCACCUAUAAUGGAUAAAUGUCAGCCAGGCAGACCAAGAAACACAGACCGCAUUCCAUCCCAAGGCGAGGGUCCAAUUAUAAAAGAGUGUUCUACAUGUGGUCAACUAGGACACACGAGAAAUAAUUGUACUGGAAGGGCGUCUGGUAGCAGAGCAGGUCACAUAAUUUCUACUGCAGAAAUGGCAUAUAAUAUUGGUGGUUCAGCGGGUUGCUCACAAACCCAUAACGCUGAUUUUGAUAUAAAACAACUUUGAAAUUAAGAGUAAUGACGAGUUGUUAGCUUAUUAUGUAUUGUAAUAUUUUUAUUAACUCUUACAAGACAUUGCUAUGCUUUCAUAUUUUAGUUAAGUUUGUUGAUUAUAACAAUGAAUGAAGCCUUUAUAUUAUAAAA